GUCAACUUUAAAGUGCUAUAAAACUAGUGGCCUUCUCCGGUGGUGUUGUCUGACUUCUGGGCCUUUAGUAAGUAGCUGAGAGAAAGGUAGCUUUGGUGGAGAGAAAAAAAGGAGGAAAACAUGAGACAAGCUGUGUGUUUAAUGCCUAAUGCCAUCUGUUCAUUUCCAAUGGAUCCAGACUUGCAGGAGGCUUUCAACGAUGUUCAGAGCUCCAUCUACAGAACAGCCCUAAAACUGCGCUCAGUACAAAGUCUAUGCCAGUUGGAUUUGAUUGAUGUUUCUCUGAUUCAGCACAUCCUGUCAAGCGAACAGAGCCAGAGGGAAAAGCAGAUUUCUCUGAAAGUGCAGCAGAUCUCUGGAAUGCUGACAGAACUGUUCCAAAGGGUGAGAUUAGAAAAACCAGGCCAGGUAGAUCCAAGAGCCACUGAGUUCACGUUGAGCCUGCUAGCUGCCAUGUAUGACAGAUGUGGAACAGGUUAUAUCAAAGCUAGAUCUGCUGCAGCUGCCCUAAUUGCCCUUUCAGGAGACACUCUGCUGGCUAAAUACAGAGCUUUCUUUCAGUUUUAUGCUGUCUCUGAUGGGAAGAUAGCCUUGAUUACCCGUAGUGCCCUGAGAAGCCUACUAACAGACUUAAAUCAGAUACCAGCCAUUGUGGGAGAAGGCUGCACUCUGUCUUGUGUGGAAAUUGCAACUCGCAGCUGUUUCCAUGGGGUUCUGAAUUCAGCAAUUGUUGAAGAAAAAUUCGUGUCUUGGCUAAGAUCAGAGCCUGCUGUUCUCCUGUGGCUCCCUACGUGUUACAGAUUAUCAGCCACAGCAAUGGUUUCACACCAAGCCAGAUGUAGAGUCUGCAAAAUUUUCCCCAUUACAGGCCUCAGGUAUCGCUGUCUGAAGUGCCUCAAUUUUGACCUUUGCCAAGUCUGCUUUUUCACUGGCCGUCUCAGCAAACCACAUAAGAGGUCACAUCCUGUUAUGGAACACUGUGUGCAGAUGUCAGCAAAGGCGAAUGCAAAGCACUUUCUCCGCACCAUCAGAAAUAACCUGUUUCAAGAACGCUGCAGCAGAAAGGAGUCUCAGAGAAGGAGGGCUCUGGAGGUAGUGGAGGAGAUGCACUUCCAUACUCACAAAAAGACUUUUCCCCCUGCAGAACUCAGUGCUUCACCACUACGGCCUGAAAACCUGUCUUUCCCAGUGGACAGACCUGUCCUGGAGUCACCAGAGUUCAUGUCUGAAAACAGAACUGUAGGGCAGAAGAGUGAGAAUAACAGCAAGACACCAGAGCAAGGCAAGACAGAAACUCAGGCAAUAGCCUCUUUUGAAGCAGAUGUGUUAAAAAUGCACGAAUCCAUUAGAAGUAUUCAUCAUGAGAGCAGGUACAUGAAGAAGCAGUUCUACAAGUGGAAGGGCAAAAUGCAAUUCCUUCACAACUGUCAGGAAGACAAAAGCUGCAAAAUAGAGGAAAAGCUCCAAAGCCUGAGAGCAAGCCAUGAAAACUUACAAAUGAAGCUGCAGCAAAUGAAGCAAGAAGUAAAGACAAUGUUCCAGUCAUCAGAGCAUCCUUUUGGACAGUGUCAAUAUAUGAUGCAAAGAAAUCCUCAGGUCCUGCUGGAAAGGAGAGUGCAGGGGGGAUUGAAUCCUCCCCAAGUAAGGCCUACUUCCAGAACAUGUGCAGACUGGAAAUCUUUGAAUCCCUCCAACUCUGAAAAUAGAAUGCAGCUUUUAGAGACACCUGAGGUUCCCACUGCAGUGGACUUCACCUUCUCAGAAGACUCACUGGAGUCAGCAUCCCUGCAGAGCGACAGACCUCAGGAGAAAAAACCAAAAGAGAAUCAAACAUACAUUCCUGAAUUGACAAAAAACUCCCUCAGGGGCAUCAUGAGGAAUAUAAUUCUUACUCCCACUGCAGUGCAGAUACCACCUGAUGAGAAAGAAGUCAGUGAGGAAGUGGAACUGCAGCAGCUAGUGAUGAAACUAAAGGAUGCAUUGUCUCUUCAAGCCCAACCAGUUCAACAGUCUGCUUUGCAGCAGGAAUUCUUCUCUACAGCUGAACGUGUUAGCAGAUCCUUUUCUGACCUCAUCAACCAAGUGACUUCACCAGCUUGUAAAUGAUGGAAACUACCAUUUGCCCUUACAGCUUCACUGAACUAUUGAAGUUUAACUUUUACCUCAUUCUGCUGCUUAAAGUAUUCACUGAAGAAUUUUAUCUAGGAAGCUGAAGAGAAAUACAUCCUGUGGUGGCUUUGAUCAACUCAAGCAGUCUUUUAAAUUAUGAACCAGAAUAAUCCAAAGAAAACCAAAAAAGGUGACACAGUUCUCUUGCCAGUCAUGCCACUCUCCAAAUGUACGAAGAUGAUUUCUAGAUCUCCUAGAUCCUUUACUUUUCAAUUAUAACUUUUUUUCUUCUUGAUUUUUGAAUGUAACCCUCUUCUCUGAAGCACUCAAAAUCAUCUUCAAUGACACAUAAGAAGGAAAAAGAAUGCCUUCUUGUAUGAAGUCUAGCCCCUCAGGCAAGUAUCUGUCCACUGAGUCCUACAGUGGAAAGGUUUUAUCAAUAUUACGGCUGAGACACAGAUCAUUAAAACAUAUCUAACGUCUUAGACAAAGGAACUUACAGGUAGAAAACCAGAAUAUAAUGAGCCUGAAUGCAAAAUGAUACACUUUGCAUCUGUUCAAGAGCACUUCAUCUCUGUUGAGAUCCAACAGUUUAGAAGUUUAAUUAAGUCAUGGGGUAUAACUCCAACACAGGACCAAUUUUAUAGAAGUGUCAGUAUGCAGGAAAAAGUCUAACUGAAGAUGGCAAAUACUUUGAAAUAUGGGUAGUACAUUACAGAAGUCUUUCAGUAACUGAUGUCAACGCUUUUUUCUUGCUAGAAACGAAAACAA